AUAUGGCUUCUACCAAACCCAAAAAGGCCUUUGCUAGUAUACGUCACGCAGCCCUUGACCAGAUUAGACAGAGGACAAAGUCGAAGCACAAUCAGUCUCUGGACGAUGCAACUUUGGAGACCGAGUUCCUUAACUUCAUGGCCAGGAUCAGGAAGAUGGAUAUGGGGCACAGUCUUGCUUACCAAGUCAACAACUUUAAGCAGAUAAAUCUAGAAAGAAGAUGGGAUUUUAUACCUCCAAUGAGAGUUGGCGUUGAAUGCACUUUCCGUGUAAGUCGUGAUGAUUCCUAUCCUGAGUUUACUUCCAGCUUCAAAACUCAGGGAUCCAAGGUCCAGAAGAAUGUAGAGGUAAAAAUUAAAAUUUAGUUCUAUAUGUGGCUUAAAAAACUAACUGAU